AGCCUUUCCCGGCGUUCCCUGCUCUUCCUGGUUACUGAGGCGCCGCGGCGGGCACCGCCGCCGGGAGCAGGGGCCGGUGGCGCGACUACUGGGGGCGCGAGGGUACGCGCGAUGCCUGGACCGGCCCCGUCGCGGGAGGCCCUAGCCCCGAGGGAUCUCCGUUCCCGCGUCGGCCCCAUGCUCGGGCGGUCCUCUGGCCAUCCUUGCACUCCUGGGGCCGCCCGCGUGUAGAAACAACUCAGUUUGUUCUUCGUUCCUCGGCUGCCGAGGUCGGACCUGGGGUCGUUGAGCCCCACAUUGAGCUGCUCGGAGUCCCUGUCUGCCCCCAGGGGAGAAGCCCUGCCCUACUGCCAGCAGGAGAGCAGUCCCGCAGCGGGGCCAGCAGUCCCCUUCCCCCAGCUUCGGCUUCCCGCGUCGCUGGCUGCUGCCACACGGUGAGGUCUGGCUCUAGGAGCGUGCUGAGGCAGCCCUGCUGGCACCCCAGGGACAUGGAGGAAAUCCGGCGCUCCUACAGCCGGCUGUGCAAGGAGAGUGGGGCCGAGCCCCAGGAGACUGUCCUUCAGCGCCUGCACGAGGUGCCGCGGGGCCGGCUGGACCUGGCCACGCAGAGCCUGACAGCUGACACCUGCGGGGCCCUGGGCAAGCUGCUGCAGAAGGAGGCUUUUGUGACUGAGCUCGUCCUGAGCGACUGCAUGCUGAGCGAAGAAGGGGCCAUACUGCUGCUCCAGGGGCUGUGCGCCAACACUGUCCUUCAGUUUCUGGAUCUAAAGGGCAAUAACCUCAGGGCUGCAGGGGCCGAGGCUCUAGGAAGACUCCUCCGACAGAACAAGUCCAUUCAGAGCCUCACCCUGGAGUGGAACAACUUGGGCACGUGGGAAGAUGCCUUCGCCACCUUCUGCGGCGCCCUGGCGGCCAACAGCACCCUGCGGCAGCUGGACCUACGCAACAACCAGAUUAGUCACAAGGGUGCAGAGGAACUGGCCCUGGCCCUGAAGAGCAACACCAGCCUCCAGCAGCUGGACUUGCGCUGGAAUAACAUCGGCCUCCUGGGUGGCCGUGCCCUGGUGAGCUCUCUGCCGAGCAACAGAACCCUGUGGAGGCUGGAGCUGGCUGGGAACAACGUCCCCAGUGAUGUCCUCAGAGCCGUGGAGCAAGCCAUGGACCACAACCAGGACCGGGAGGCUACCUUCCGGGAGAACCAGGCCCGCGCCCGUGUGCUCAGCAAGGAAGUGAGGCACCUUCAGGAAGAGAAGUCCAAGCAGUUUCUGGACUUGAUGGAGACGAUUGAUAAGCAGCGAGAGGAGUUGGCAAGAAGCACCAGGACAUCGGCAGCACGCAUGGGGCAGCUUCAAGAAGCCCUGAAUGAGAGGCAGUCCAUCGUCAAUGCCCUCAAGGCCAAGCUGCAGAUGGCUGAGGCUGCCCUGGCUUUGUCAGAGCAGAAGGCCCAGGACCUGGGGGAGCUCCUGGCCACCGCAGAGCAGGAGCACCGGAGCCUAGUACAGAGGCAGGCCAAGGAGCACAGGCUGGAGCAGCAGGAAGCUGCGGAGCGGGAAUCUACUCUGCUCAGAGACUUGUCUGCCGCCAAUGAAAAGAACCUGGUUCUGCGAAACCAGGUAGAUGAGCUGGAGCGGAAGGUGAAGUCACAGCAGGAGCAGCUGUUCCUGACCAGGCAGGAGCUGACCAACACGUCGGCCGAGCUCAAGAUGCGGGCCAUCCAGGCUGAGGAGCGCCUGGAACUGGAGAAGAAGAGGUCUCGGCAGAGCCUGGAGGACUCGGAGCAUCUGCGCUUCAAGGAGGUGGAGCACAUGACUCGCCAUCUGGAGGAGACCGAGAGGGCCAUGCAGGAGAGGGUGCAGAGGCUGGAGGCUGCGCGGCUGUCCCUAGAGGAGGAGCUGAGCCGAGUGAAGGCCGUGGCGCUCAGCGAGCGUGGCCAGGCCGAGGAGGAGCUCAUCAAGGCCAAGAACCAAGUCCGACUGGAGGAGCAGCAGCGCCUGGGUCACCUGGAGGAGAAGCUGCGGCUGCUGGCACAGGCACGGGACGAGGCACAGGGCACCUGCCUGCAGCAGAGGCAGACCGUGGCUGAGGCCCAGGCGCGGGCCAGCCAGCUGGGCCUGCAGGUGGAGGGCCUGACGCGGCGGCUGGAGGAGCUGCAGCAGGAGCUGAGGAACAAGGACCAAGAAAAGGUGGCUGAGGUGACCAGGGUGCGGGUGGAGCUUCAGGAGCAGAAUGGCCGCUUGCAGGCUGAGCUGACAGCCCAGGAAGCAUUGAGAGAGAAGGUGGCAGCCUUGGAGCGCCAGCUAAAAGUGAUCGCGAGUGACCACCGGGAGGCGCUGCUGGACAGGGAGAGCGAGAAUGCCUCUCUCCGGGAGAAGCUGAGGCUCAAGGAGGCAGAGAUGGCCAGGAUUCGGGACGAGGAAGCCCAGAGGGCCAGCUUCCUGCAAAAUGCUGUCCUGGCUUACGUGCAGGGGUCCCCACUGAGGGCUUUGAGCCCUCAAAAGUGAGGGGAGGCAGGCAGUCUUCAGGAGUGGCAGGAAGGUGGCUCUUGGGGACAGGCCGUUGAGGGUGUGCUUGGAAAUCAGUGCCAAGAUGGAUUAGCGCGUGGUUCUGCUGCAGCUCACCACCUGGGUGCCUGACCGGGUGGGUGCGGAGCCUGGCUGACCAAGAAGGCUGGAGUGGCCAGUGCAUCAGACACCAAUGUACUUGAGAAAAUGAGCCCCUGAUGGAUGGAAAUCUGGGGGAGUGGUGUCUUGAGUUAUCCCACCCCCCGCCCCGUGUUUUACAACCAACUUUUACAAUGUAACCGCGAAGGCAGCAGGCACUGACCGCUCACUGGGGGUGUUCUGAAAUACAGAACUUUUGCACUUUGUGAUA